AUGGUGAAGCGCCUGAAGUCUCUGCUGUCCAAGCUGCAGAAGUCGAGCCACAGCAAGGACGCAGACCUUGCCGCCCUCAAGGCGCCCGCGCCGCCGCCGAAGGCGUUCACCGUGGCCCUCAGGGUGCGCCACGAGGGCAGCACGUGGUGUUUCGUCAAAGCUACACAGAUGUCGCCGACACGGGAGGUUGCCGGCUAG